CUCACCCACAAGCUUCCCGUGGCUCGCACAUCAUGCUCUCGCUCGCGCUCACGCUGCCUGCCUUCCUGCCCGGCCAGGGCAUGGGCAUGCGCCGCGGCGUCGCCUCCGGCGUCACGAUGGCCGCCAAGCAGACGCCGCACGGCGGCACGCUCGUCGACCUCUUCAGCUCGGACGCCGCCGCGGCGGCCGCCUCUGCCGACAUCAAGGUGGAGCUGACGGACCGGCAGUCGUGCGACGUGGAGCUGCUGUGCAACGGCGGCUUCUCGCCGCUCACGGGCUUCAUGAACGAGGCGGAGUACAACUCCGUCGUCGAGGACAUGAAGCUGCCGUCGGGCCUCAUCUUUGGCCUCCCCGUCGUGAUGGACACCGGCGACGCGAACGUCAAGGUGGGAAGCAAGCUGCUGCUCACCUACCAGGGCACGGACAUGGCGGUGAUGACCGUCGAGUCGCUCUUCACGCCCGACAAGCCCAAGGAGUGCCUCAACUGCUACGGCACCGCCUCGAUUGAGCACCCCGGCGUGCGGAUGGUCGCGAUGGAGCGCGGCAGCACCUACGUCGGCGGCCCGCUGCAGGGCCUGGGCGUGCCCACGCGCGACUUCCCGUGCGCCACCCCCAAGGAGGUGCGGGAGACGCUGCCCGACGGCGCCGACGUCGUCGCCUUCCAGUGCCGCAACCCGGUCCACCGCGCGCACUACGAGCUCUUCACGCGCGCGCUCGACGCGCCGAACGUGGGCGAGGACGCGGUCGUGCUGGUGCACCCGACGUGCGGCCCGACGCAGGAGGAGGACAUCCCGGGCUCCGUCCGCCACAAGACCUACGUCGUCCUCCAGGACGAGACGAAGGACACGCCGAGCGGCAAGCGGACGCGCUGGGCGUUUUUGCCGUACUCGAUGCACAUGGCGGGCCCGCGUGAGGCGAUCCACCACAUGAUGAUCCGCAAGAACUUCGGGUGCACGCACUUCAUCAUCGGCCGCGACAUGGCCGGCUCAAAGUCGUCCGUCACCGGCGACGACUUCUACGGCGCCUUCGAGGCCCAGGACCUCGCGAAGGCGCGCGCCGACGAGCUCGGAGUGCAGGCCGUCCCCUCCCUCAACCUCGUCUGCGACCCCGACGGGAACUACAUCACCGCCGACGAGGCAAAGGAGAAGGGCAUCGAGGUGAUGAAGCUGUCCGGCACCAAGUUCCGCAAGAUGCUGCGCGCGGGCGAGGAGAUCCCGGAGUGGUUCGCCUUCAAGUCCGUCGUCGAUGUGCUGCGCGCCGAGUGGAAGUGAGCUCGUGCCCUAUUCUUCCUCCGGCCGCAGCCCGUCCCCGCGACGACGACACCAGACCUCGGGCUGUAUCGGAGGGCGUGCGUGCCCUCCCCCUUCGGCCGCACGCAUGCCCGCUCUGCGCUCCGAUCCGGUCCGCCGGCCCGAGAGAGAGAGAGAGAGCACAGGGCGCGGCUGUGGGGGGGCAGUUUGAACUCUGUGGAAGCCGGCCGUGUGGGAUGUGUGACGCUAAGCGGCCCUCGGCCCUCGCUUGUCGCUAUGCGCGAGAUCCGAGAACGCCGUGUCUAAUGUACUUGCGUUGUGAUGCAUGUAUGUAUAAAUUACUCGACGUGAC